AUGUAUUAUUUCCUUUUUAUGUUUGCAGUUUUGCCCAGCAUUUGGAGCGAGGGCGGCGCUGCAGCCAUGCGCAACUUCCUGCGUCCGGGCAAGCAGUUCCGGUUGAUUAGUCGCAGUGGUUACGUCAACAUCAAACAAACGGGCAUCAGUAAACGCAAUCAAAAGUUCCUAUCGGAUUUCUUCACCACUCUUAUCGACGUCAAAUGGCGUUGGAAUUUAUUAAUGUUUGUCGUCUCCUUCAUCGUGGCCUGGUUGCUGUUCGCCACCUACUUCUACCUUCUGGCCCAUCUGCAUGGUGACUUCGAUGAUGACAUUCCUGAAGACUGGGUACCUUGUAUCCAGAACGUUCAUUCCUUUACUACAGCUUAUUUGUUCUCCAUAGAAACAAUGACCACAAUCGGCUACGGGUCUCGGUUUGUUUCCGAAGAAUGUCCCAGUGCUGUUCUGGGUGUACUUUUGGAGUCCAUUUUGGGAGCCGCCUUGCAGGCAGCCCUGUGUGGCUUGGUCAUUGCGAAAGUGAAGCGAGGUAAAAAACGCUCCUGUACGAUUUUGUUUAGUAAAGUGGCAUGUAUUGUCGAAGAGGACUUACAGUAUAAGUUUGUUUUCCGUGUCGGAGACAUGCGCAAAUCCCACCUUAUCAAUGCGUCGGCUCGUGGCUUGUUCAUCAAGAAAACGUUUUCCAAGUCUGGCAACAACAUUCCUGUUGAGUAUUUCAACGUCAGCUUCAAAGCAGAAGACGGACACAGUCAGCUUUUCCUCGUCUGGCCCACCAACGUCUAUCACGUAAUCGACGAGACUUCACCUUUUUACAACAUCUCGCGUGACAGCCUACGCCACGAGAACUUUGAGAUUGUGAUCAUGCUGCAGGCCGUAGUGUCAACUACCGGUCGGACAGUGCAAGCGAAAACGUCUUAUCUGCCCUGGGAGAUAAUUUGGGGUCAUCGUCUGGAGCCAUUGGCGACUUCGACAGAUUGCAAUGGUUCGCAUAUUGUAGACUUUACUCAUUUUCAUACGACCUACCCGGUUCCAACACCCUGGUGCAGCGCGCAGACGUUCAAUUAUAUUACAAAAUCAGGUCGUUAUACACCUGAACUUCUACUUAACAGAGAUGACAUGGGAGAACUUAUUAAAGAAAAUGAGAGUUCGUCAGCCAAUAAGACAUACACUUUGCUUGGAUCUCUCCCUGAUCUUACCCACCGAAACUGGAUGUGA